AUGACGAAUCCUGAACAGCUUGAUGAUGCAGCCGAUCUCACCGGGAAAUCGAGAACUUUAGAGCUAGAUUCUUUGCCAUAUCUUAGAACCGUCAUCGACGAGUCCUUGCGUAUGUGGCGUCCAACUAGCACACCUUUACCACGUAUCACACCGUCAGACAGAACUGUAUCUGUGGCAGGUACUGACAACCCACCGGCAACGCGCAUCAAUGCUUUUCAGUGGUUUGUACAUCGAGAUAUGACUAAAUGGGAUCGGGCUCAUGAGUGGUGUCUGGAACGUUGGCUAGGACGCCGAGAAACCGACAAGAAAACCGUCCGAGAGGAUGUGCUAUGGGCCUUUGGAAGUGGUCCCAGGAUGUGUCUGGGUAGUAAUUGGACUUAG